AUGUCCUUGAGCAACAUAGCCCAUAUCAGCAUCUCCGCUCCUAGAGAGCAAUUCGACUCCGUCGUGGGCUGGUAUAAAGCUGCCCUCGCCCCUUUCAAAUACCGCGAGUUGAGACGCAUUCCCAAAGCCGUCGGGCUAGGUUCUGAACUGCCCGAUCUAUGGGUGGUACAGGAUGAUGUUCCGACGCAGCAGAGGUUGCAUUUUGCUUUGAUGGCUCCAGAUCAUGCAACAGUGGACGCUUUCUAUCAAGCAGCGAUAGCGGCAGGAGGUAUAGAUAGUGGACCACCAGAAAUACAUCCCCAGUACGAUGAGAACUCUUAUAGCGCUUUUGUGUUGGAUCCAUUGGGGAAUUAUAUUGAGGCUGUGAGACACUUGUCCCAUUACUGA